AUGCGUAUUUUUUAUCUUGAUCGAGAAGAACGACUUGUUGACGAUUCAACAGAGGUGAGAAAAAAUAAAUCAAUAAUACAUGACGUCAGUGAUACUCACAUUAUUACUGCUGUAAGCUUCGGCAUUGAUGUUGUUAUUAUUCUGCAACUGCCAUCCGCAGAGAAUACUGCCGGAAAAAUCGAUGCUGCUCUUUGGAAAAUUCGAACUCGAUUGAUGAACCCGAACGAGAAUCCUGACUUUACUACAGAUGAUGCAGAUGUUCUAAAAAAAAUUAUCGAAACCAAAGUGUAUUCAAAUGUAACUGAAUUAACGAAAAUGACUUCUCUUCUCGAAGUUUGUCAGUUUAUAGAUGGAUCCAAACAAAAACGUGACACAUACCGCCCCGUAGAAUACACUCUACGACCCAUGGAAUGGUUAUUUGCUGAAGCUAAUAAAUCAUGUCCAUCAUACACUCCAUUAGACGACAACGACAAGUUAGAACAACAUUUAAUAGAAAUUUUAAACUAUUACAAGAAAGUGAAAUAUUUGCUUGAUAGUUGUACUACUAGAGUGCUGCCGAACAAUGUCAAAGAUUCACUGGUAGAAGCAGAAAAAGAAUGGCACAACUUACAGGAAGUCUAUGAAAAUGAAAUUAAACGAUUAGCAACGCUAGUUUUGGAUAUUCACAGUGGACAGAAGAAUGCUUCUGAGAUUGAUGAAGCACUUAAACACAAGGAUCAAACAGCAUUCAAAGAGAAUAUUCGAGAACUCUUGAAGAAAAUACCAGUUAUAGAAAAAGAAACUCAAUUGACCAAUAGUGCGCCACAAGAACAGCCCAAAUACAGCGAACUUUUAGAACCUCAAACAAAUCCGAAUGAUCAUGGACAGACAUUGACAUAUAAACCAACUAUGGAGAACCAACCAAACAAAACGAUUUGUGCUAAUGAUAAUUCGUUCAACAAAAAUCAAUCAAUAAUAUUGACUGAACAAGAAAACGAAAGAAACGGAAACAGCCAAUAUUCAUCCUCACUGCCUACAAAAACACAAGCUUCUAAUGCAUCUAGAGCAUCAUUAUCUGCGUCGUCAACAAAUGAGAUUAUUAACAUUCUUCUUGUUGGUGAAAGCGGUGUAGGAAAAUCGACAUUUAUUAAUGCAUUUGUCAAUUAUCUUACAUUCAAAACAUUCAAUGAAGCUGAACAGGGUAAACCUGUUGUACUUAUACCUGUGUCAUUUCUCAUGACAGUUGGUAAAGAUUUCGAAGAGCACACAGUAAAAUUUGGUAAUUCGGAUAGUUAUAACAAUGAAGAUUUUGAUCAUCCAGGUCAAUCAGUAACACAACACUGUAAAUCCUAUAUAUUUCAUCUUAAUGAUAUUAAUAAAAAAAAAUUACGCAUUAUUGAUACGCCCGGUUUUGGUGAUACGCGUGGUUCUGAUCAAGAUGAUGCCAAUAUGCAACAUAUUUUAGAAUACAUCAAUGAAUUGACACAUUUGAAUGCUAUAUGUUUCCUUCUUAAGCCAAAUACAUCACAAAUUAAUAGUUUUUUCGUAACAUGUCUCACUCAGCUGUUGGAUCUUCUCGGCUCAAAUGCACGUCAAAACAUUGUCUUUUGUUUUACUAAUGCACGAUCAACGUUUUAUACUCCAGGCGAUACAGCUCCACUACUCAAAUCCAUACUACAAUCAUUUUCACUCAAUGACAUUUCAUUUAAAAAACAGAAUACAUUCUGCUUUGAUAAUGAAUCAUUACGAUAUUUGGUUGCUCGACAAAAUGGUAUUCAGUUCAAUGAUGAGCAACACAAUGAAUAUGAAAAUAGUUGGUCGAAUUCCGUUACAGAAUCAAAUCGUCUUCUUGAUUAUGUAUAUAAAGAAUUGAGUGUUCAUGUGUUAAAAGGUGAAGCGCAAUCAAUCAAACAAACUCAAUUCAAAAUUAGUCAUAUGAUCCGACCAAUGUUAGAAGCAAUGCGAAAUAUUCUUCGAAAUUCAAUUAUAUGGAACAUGGACGCGCCGAAAAAAUCGAUCGAACUGAAUCCGAUUGUUCUUUAUCGUUCAGCUGCCGUUUGUUAUACAUGCCAACGUGACGUUGUCCAAUUAGGUAAAUUCUGGGUUGUAAGGGAUUUUCCACAUGAAAUCCGAAACACUUGUUACUCUUGUACAUGUGCUUUCGAUCAACAUAUUAGAAUUGAUUAUAAACUUAACUACACAUAUGCGGACAGAUGUUCAAAUUAUAGUCGAGAUGAAAUAAAGAAAAACUUAGAUCUAUUACUUCAUGGAAGUGUUGAAUUUGCUUAUUUUCUUAUGAAUGUUGCUCGUUCGUCGAAAGAUGAUCCAUUUUUGAUUGGGAUAGUAUACAUGAUAGGUGAGGAAAAUGAUCUCUGUGGAAGUCAAAUGCUGCAUGACAUGAAUUCGGAAUUAGUGGGAAAACUCACAGAACUCAUGGUUAAAUAUCAACAAUGUAUAGAGACGAUGAAGCCAAAUCAAGAGAUCAGCAAACUAAAUGACAUCUAUACAUGGAUUCUAGCAAUUCACGAAAAUCCUAUGGUUCACGUGCAAAUGGCUGCUGUUGAAAAAAGUCGACAGAUCAUAAUGAAACAAUACGAAUAUGAAUUUUUCAAUGAUUCGACAAACGCAAAAAUUUCUUGA